GAGCUGAAGAAGCCUGUCAGCCUGGGCACUCCGGCCUCCCUCAAGAAGGGCAAGACCCCUCCAGUGGCCGUGACCUCCCCCAUCACCCACACGGCCCAGAGCACCCUCAAAGUGGCAGGCAAGCCCGAGACCAAAGCCACCGACAAGAGCAAGCUGUCUGUGAAGAGCACAGGCCUGCAGCGCUCCUCCUCUGACGCCGGCCGUGACCGCAUCGCCGAUGCCAAGAAGCCGCCCUCCGGCCUCACGCGCCCCUCAGCCGCCAGCUCCUUCGGCUAUAAGAAACCCCUGGACUUGCCCUCCUCCAGCGAGCUGCACCCCCCACACACUGCCAAGCUCCAGGACCUGCACCCGGCGGGUGGGCACCUCGCGCCCUGCUUCAGCCCCAGUCCUGCCCCCAUCCUCAACAUCAACUCAGCCAGCUUCUCCCAGGGCCUGGAGCUCAUGGGUGGCUACAGCGUUCCCAAGGAGGGCAGGAUGUACCCCAAGCUCUCAGGCCUGCACCGCAGCAUGGAGUCCCUGCAGAUGCCCAUGAGUCUGCCCAGUGCCUUUUCGGGGGGCAGCACCACCACCCCCCCCCCUGCUGCUGCACCCCCGGCCAGCACGGAGGAGGAGGAAGAGGCAGGGGAACUGGGCUGGAGCGGGAGCCCCCGGCUCGCACACCUGGACAGUGCCAACCGUGACAGGAACACGCUGCCCAAGAAAGGGUUGAGGUAAAGGAGCCAGAAUCACUUUAGGAUGGUGCUGGGGAGGGAGGCCUCGCCCGCCCCCCUCCCCAGGGCGCGGGUCGGGAAGGGUCCCCUCACCAGCAUCGGCAGCCCCACUGCCGCCGCAACCCCGCGGAUCACCCGCUCCAACAGCAUUCCCACCCACGACUCCACCUUCGAGCUCUACAGCGCGUCCCCGAUGGGCAGCACCCUCUCCCUGGCCGACAAGCCCAAGGGCAUGAUCCGCUCGGGCUCCUUCCGGGACCCUGUGGACGACGCUGUGGGUGCUCAGUCGUUUCUCCACCUCUCCCAGGCCAACCUGGUGGCAGCUUUUGAGCAGAGCCUGGUGAGCAUGACGUCCCGCCUGCGGCACUUGGCUGAGACCGCCGAGGAGAAGGACACGGAGCUGCUGGACCUGCGAGAGACCAUUGACUUCCUGAAGAAGAAGAACUCGGAGGCCCAAGCUGUGAUCCAGGGUGCCCUGAACGGCACCGAUGUCACCCCCAAAGAGCUGCGCAUCAAGCGGCAGAACUCCUCUGACAGCAUCUCCAGCCUCAACAGCAUCACCAGCCACUCCAGCAUCGGCAGCAGCAAGGACGCCGACGUGUACGAGCUACGCAGCUCCUUCAACAAGGCCUUCAGCAUCAAGAAGGGACCCAAAUCAGCCUCGUCCUACUCGGAUAUUGAGGAGAUUGCCACGCCGGACUCGUCGGCCCCCUCCUCCCCGAAGCUGCAGCAUGGCUCCACAGAGACCGCCUCGCCCUCCAUCAAAUCCUCCCACUCCUCCUCCGUGGGCAUCGACACGGCUGAGCUCUUCCAGGCCCACAGCGAACUGGUUCUCCCCCAGCUGGAGGUGGAUCUCCUGAAGGCCGAGAACGACCGGCUCAAAGUGGCCCCAGGGCCCUCGGCAGUGCCAGGCUCUGUCCCUGGCCAUGUCACGAGCACGUCGGCCUCCUCGUCACCGCGGCGCUCGCUAGGUCUCGCCCUUGGCCAUGCCUUCAGCCCCAGCCUGGGGGACGCAGAUGUGUCCCCCAUGGAUGCCGUCAGCGCUGGCGCCCAGAAGGACGAGCUGAUGCUGCGGAUCGUGGUGCGCAUGCCACCGCAGCACAUCAUCAAGGGGGACCUCAAGCAGCAGGAGUUUUUUCUGGGCUGGACCAAGGUGAGCGGGAAGGUGGACUGGAAGAUGCUGGAUGAGGCUGUCUGCCAGGUCUUUAAGGAUUACAUCACCAAGAUGGAUCCUGCUUCCACGCUGGGGCUCAGCACUGAGUCCGUCUACGGCUACAGCAUCAGCCACCUCAAGCGAAUCCUGGACAAGGAGCCGCCCAACCCCUAUGUCAUUGGGACCACCAACCAGCCUGUGAAGAUGACCCCAAACCAUGGCCUCCAUCUCAGCUUCAGGAUGCUGACCUUCUCCAACAACGUGGAGCCGGCCAACGGCUUCCUGGUGCGCUACCUGCGGCGGAAGCUGCUGGAGUCGGACACGGACAUCAACGCCAACAAGGAGGAGCUGCUGCGUGUGCUGGACUGGGUGCCCAAGCUCUGGUACCACUUGCACACCUUCCUGGAGAAACACAGCACCUCCGACUUCCUCAUCGGUCCCUGCUUCUUCCUGUCCUGCCCCGUUGGAAUCGAUGAUUUCCGGACCUGGUUCAUCGACCUGUGGAACAACUCCAUCAUCCCUUACCUGCAGGAGGGGGCGAAAGAUGGGCUCAAGGUAUCCAGAGCUGCCUGGCAU